GCAAUACGGAACAGCAAUUCAAGUGUUUUUGUGACACCGAUUAAGAUUUGGAAGGGAAAUGGAAAAUGUAAACAUUGUAGUCCUUUUGUAAAAGAAUAAAGAUAAAUAUGGCAGAUAGUGAUUGGCCAAUAACAUCAGUUGCUGUGGUAACAGACCUUACGAAAGUACCACCUGCUUUCAUAGUGAUUGACAGAACAUAUGAUAAAAGACAAGAGGCUGAUUUAUGGCAAGAUGGUCUGUUUGGUAGGCGUGUCUUUAGAUACUUGUGUGUAGAAAGAUGUGCUCCAUCCUCGGGUCGUGAUGUACUGGUAGAUGUUGCUGUAGUUAAUGAAAAAGAUGCAGUGCCAGCUGGUUUUACGUGUGUUGAUUAUACUUUAGAUACAAGAGAAAAGGCUGUGAAGAAGAAGACAUUAUGUAUCAGAAUGAUGGCUUCCUCACUGACAUCUGAUGCUGUGUCAGAAUUGAUUCUUUUAUCAAAAGGUCAAAGGAAACCUCCAAUGGGGUAUACUCUUGUAGGUGAUUUAAACAAUAUGGCAUUAUGUUAUAAAAUGUCAAGAAUUAUAGCCCCUGUACAGAGACAGGAAGUUCAAGGCUCUUCACCACCCAUAAAUAUGAGCAACAUAGCAGCUAAUUUACCUUAUGCAAUGCCAGGUACAGCAAGAUCAACCAAAACUGGGCCACCAGAAAGAGCCUUCAGUAACUUAGGAUUUGCAACUGUCACACCAAUGUCAGGAGUACCAUUUAAGAUCAACCCUAAAAUAACAGAUCUGUCUGACUUGGCUGAUAUAACAAUACCUGAGAUUUAUAAUAAAACACUUGGAGAUUUAGAAAGACAGUAUGAGUAUGACUUUGCUACAGAAAGAUCAGUGAAGCCAACUCGAUACUAAAACAACUUGCAGGUUAUUCAAAACCAGGCAGAACAAUAUGGAUGGAAUUUAUUCAUGAAUAGAAUGUGAAGAACUUUAUACUUAUGUUGCAGAACAAAUGUUAAAAAACAAAUGAUUUUUUUUAUUUGUAUAUUAUUUCCAUUAUAACAGAUAUUUACUUAUGUAUAACAGUACAUGUUCUCAUCGUUAGAAUGUUUCUAUACCUUGACUAUUAAUUGUCACUUGCCACAGAUUUUAAGGCUAUUGGUUUUGCAAAGAGAACCUAGCUUUCUACAAAUUAACUGUGGCUUGAACUAGCAAUUGUUCUAUACUGAGUUGAUACAUGGAGGUCUGACCUUAAUUGAAGAUAUUUGUCUCUCACUAAAGUGUAUGAGUUAUGAAUGUACAAUGAUGUAACGAUUUUUAAGAUAUGUCUUUGUUGGUGUUUGUAUAUCAUGAAUUUUAAACUUAAAAUCAAUUAGAAUCAUUGCUUUAUUUUUAAACCAAAUUAAGUUCGUGCAUUAUUAUUUUAAUUUAUUUUCAGAGUGCUAUAUGUCAUUUUAUGUUAACAUAAAGAUACAAGGGA